CGCGCCGGCGCGCGCCGCCCGAGCCCGCCUCUUCCCGGAAGAAACAUGGCCGUGGCCUAGGUGGGUCCGGUUCGCGGCGUCACGGGCGCUCGGCCCCGCUCGAAGGAUCUGCGAGGGGAGGGAGUCUGCCUCACCGGCCCUGCCGUCUCUCUCUGGCUCCUCGCCACACUUGCAGGCUGUGCUACGCCUGGACCCAGGUGGCCAUGGCAUCCGGGCAGGACCUCCUCUGGCUUCUGGGAGUCGUCCUUCUGAUGGAUGCAUCUGCUCGGCCUGCCAACCACUCGUCUGCUCGGGAGAGAGCGGGCAACAGGGAGGAGCGUGAGAUCCUGCCCCCAGACCACCUGAAUGGGGUGAAGCUGGAGAUGGACGGGCACCUCAACAGGGACUUCCACCAGGAGGUCUUCUUGGGAAAGGACACAGGCGGGUUCGAGGAGGAUGCAGAGCCGCACAAGAGCCGGAGGAAGCUGAUGGUCAUCUUCUCCAAGGUAGAUGUGAACACGGACGGGAGGGUCAGCGCCAAGGAGAUGCAGCGCUGGAUCAUGGAGAAGACGGCCGAGCACUUCCAGGAGGCUGUUGCUGAGAGCAAGGUGCACUUCCGUGCCGUGGACCCUGAUGGCGAUGGCCACGUGUCCUGGGACGAAUAUAAGGUGAAGUUUUUGGUGAGCAAAGGCCACAAUGAGAAGGAAGUUGCUAAGAAGAUAAGGGAUGAGGAGGAGCUGAGGCUGGAUGAGGAGACACAGGAAGUCCUGGAGAACCUGAGGGACCGCUGGUACCAGGCCGACAGCCCCCCGCCAGACCUGCUGCUGACUGAGGAGGAGUUCCUGUCUUUUCUCCACCCGGAGCACAGCCGUGGCAUGCUCAAGUUCAUGGUCAAGGAGAUCGUGCGGGACCUGGACCAGGACGGGGACAAGCAGCUCUCGCUGCCUGAGUUCAUCUCGCUGCCCGUGGGCACCGUGGAGAAUCAGCAGGGGCAGGACAUGGAUGAUGGCUGGGUGAGAGACAGAAAGAAGGAGUUUGAGGAGCUGAUCGAUGCCAACCGUGACGGGGUCGUGACCGCGGAUGAGCUGGAGGACUACAUGGACCCCAUGAACGAGUACAACGCUCUCAACGAGGCCAAGCAGAUGAUCGCCAUCGCCGAUGAGAACCAGAACCAGCACCUGGAGCCUGAGGAGGUUCUCAAGUACAGCGAGUUCUUCACGGGCAGCAAGCUGAUGGACUACGCACGCAACGUGCACGAGGAGUUCUGAGCCCACCCGGCCGGGCCCCCAUACACCGCCCCCAGUCCCGCUGCCACCACCACCCGGGGCCCAGGUCGAUUAAAGGUGCGCUCGAGCAGGCCGUGUGUCCCCCCACAGUACACGCCACAGGCCGGCUCAGGCCUGGAUGCCGCCUGCCCACCCCCAGGGUACGCGGGAGUCCUGGGGCAUCACAGCCUCUCGCUUCUGAGAACGCCGAGCCGUUGGGCUGGCCACAUCGGGGCCCCGCGGACUCGUCACACCCGUGGGAACAGGCCCCUGUUUCCUUGAAAACUGAAAGAUGAAGACAGAACUAGAAUGUGCUUUGCUGGAAACCAGUAGCUGGCCCCGGGCUGCUGGCCCCCCAGGCGUGGGGUGACGUCAGAACUGCUCAGCGAGUGUCUGUCCCCAAGGAAGUGCAGCUUUGUGACAAGAUCUCUUUAAAAUAUAGCUGCUUCGUUAUCCCA